AUGAAGGUCCCAGUCCUUCCUGCUGUGGUUCUUCUCUCGCUUGUGGCGCUCCACUCUGCUCAGGGUGCCUCCCUGGGUACUUCCGAGGCCUGGGCUUUAGCUCCUCGCCCCCGCCACUCUCCAAUCCCUUCUCGCCGCCUUGCUCAUCUGUCCACCAUCUGUCUUACUGGAACAGAACAGGAAGAAACCACCAUCGGUGAUUAUGCGGCAGGCCCUGAGAACUUUAACGCUCAGUUCUUGAACAUCGACAAGUUGCGUGCUGCUUUUAAGCCCGAUGAAUUCCUGAACUGGCAUGCCCUCUUUGAGUCUAUCAAAAGGAAACUUCCUUUCCUCAACUGGGAUGCCUUUCCAAAGCUGAAGGGUUUGAGGAGUGCAACUCCCGACGCCCAGUGACUGUUCCCCUCAAGACCCAGCACUGCUGACACCCGCUGGAGGAGGGGCUAAGAGUGGGAUCUGAUCACCAUCUUCUAAUCACUCUCUCCGGGCUCAGCGACACCAAUAAAAUGUUUUCCAACCUGA